CAAAGAAGAGGAAAAAAAGGGAGCAUGUUACACACUUGUCAGUCCAUCAUUGGGUACUAGAGUUCAAAGUUGUGUGCAAUCUAAUCUGAAGAAUCCCAUUGAUGGGGCGAAGCACUCCUGUCUUUCUGCGAUCCCUCCUUUUUAAGGAAACCCCUCUUUGCAGAUUCAUUCUUAUAAUUAUAUAAAAAAGAUCCUAUCUUCUCUCUUUUUUUGGCGCGAAAGCGGAAAAUGAGAGUUGGUAGCAGGAGUGAUUUAGGAGGGGGGGAGAGAGGGAGUCUGAUUGAGGUCUCGCCGGCAGAUAAUAAUCGGCCGGCCAUGGGAGAGGAGAGGGAGGGAGAAGAAGAGCUGUUGGUGCCACCGCUGAAUUUUGCGAUGGUGGAUAAUGGAAUAUUUAGGUCGGGUUUCCCUGAUUCUGCUAAUUUCAGCUUCUUGCAAUCCCUAGGUCUACGUUCCAUUCUAUAUUUGUGCCCAGAACCAUAUCCAGAAGCAAAUUAUGAGUUCUUGAAGGAUAAUGGAAUUCGGAUUUUUCAGUUUGGAAUUGAAAUGUGCAAGUUGAUGGCAAUUGAUAAUGCGGAGUGGACAGGAAUCUUUUGCAAACAUUCCAGAGGAAACAAUCCGCGAAGCAUUGAAAAUGUAAAGAAUCACCCUGUCUUAGUUCAUUGCAAGCGAGGAAAGCAUCGUACUGGAUGCCUUGUGGGAUGUUUGAGAAAGUUGCAAAGAUGGUGCUUGUCAUCUAUAUUUGAUGAAUACCAGAGAUACGCAGCAGCCAAGGCUAGAGUGUCAGAUCAGAGGUUUAUGGAGUUGUUUGACAUUUCAAGCUUUAAGAAUUUACCAUUGUCCUUUUCCUCAACCAGAUCUUCUGCAAACAGAUAAUAUAUAAACCUAGCGAGGAUAAGAGUGUCUGUACGAGAUUGACGAGUGCAGAAACUGAUUCAAGUUCAAUGGUACCGGAAGCUAGAGGAUAUCAGUAUUCCUAGUGUUCUGUUUCUUCUUCCCCCCAUCUUAUUGUGUUGUGCUGUACCUGAUGCAAAUGUCUAAGGAAAUUGGACCUGAAACCCAGUAUCUUUACAUGGUUCUCACUGUCCUAAGCAAAUUAGUACAAACUUGAAAUCCAGUAUCUUUCGAGAAUUUUUUUA